AAAAAUUUAUGCAAUCACACGUACAUGUAUAUGUAUGGUCGGCCGGUCGAUGCGGACAUGCAAUGUGAGGGGCGCCGCGCCAGCAGCGCACAGAUCAAGGGUUAUACAUGUACGAAACCCUAGAACUGGAGCUGAGGAGAACAGGUCAAGGCCACGACGUUCCGCACCGGUAGCGGCGGCAUUGUGUGCAGCAAGAUUGAAGGCAAAUCCCUAACCCAGGAUGGAAUGGAGUCCACUCAUAUUGGCUAUUGUACUCGUUGCCACUGCUUACCUAUACAACUGCAAUCUCAACUCCUCUGACACCGUCCUUAAUGCCAGAUCAACCACAUCAGCUGAGGCCCAGAUUGUACAGGCAUGGGCGCGAACUAUCCAGGAACCCAUGAACAAGGUCAAGCGCGUAGCUGUUGGAUUAAACGUUAAUGCAGAUUUGAUAGUGUCUGCCAUAUCCCUCCUCGAUAAGCUGGACAUCAAACCAGGUGCUAGCCAAGAUCACGCCCUGCUGAACUCGUUGAGCGACUUGCAGGAGAGCUUUGCUCACUUCUUUGAGUCUGGAGCAGCCGCAGAGAGAUUCUUUGCCAAUGGAGAGGUUUACAAGAGAAUCAUUGAAGCAGCUGACAAACUGGAGCAUAAGGAGUACAGCGUCGGAGGAAAUGCAGCAUUGAUGGCUUACAAGAUGGCGGAAUUAACAGAUGAUGUCCAGAUUCUGAUGGUUGGACCAGUUGGGCCCAAGGUACAUUCUCUAAUGCCCAGCCGAGUCCAGAUCCCCGACACCAGCCUGCGAGACGAGGACGAAGUGCACCUGAUCAUGGAGUAUGCCGAGGGGGAGAAGUGGGGGCAGUGGACCUCGCCCAUUGCCACCCGCUUCAUCACGUCCCAUGACGUGGCUAACGCUGAGAUGGAUGGAUUGGACGUUUUUGUGACCAGCAUCAAAGACUUUGGCCCAGACGUGGUGAUGUUCUCAGGUCUCCAUCUACUGGACUCUGACAGCCUGUCCAAGCAGCAGGAGAAACUGUCCCUCCUGGUUGAGGAGUUGAGCAAGCUUCCUCACGUUAUACCCCUACACCUGGAGCUAGCUAGCAUAGCCAAUGAGAGACUGGUGCAACUCAUUGCAACUCAGGUUUUACCCGCAGUCCACUCCCUGGGGCUGAACGAGCAAGAACUGGGUCUGGUAACCCGUGCCAACAGUGGGCCCCACCCCAACCUUGCCAUUGAGGAGUCCGGCUACGCAGAAAUAGGAGCAGUGGCGGACAUCCUCUUCUGGAUCCUGACCUCACUGGUCAAAGGUCAAGACUCUCUGCUGACCAGAAUUCAUUUUCACUCCCUGGCAUUUCACAUGGUGGCCACUCUACCUGGUCAGUGGGGGAACAGCUUAUCAGCCGUGGGCAUCGGGGCCCGCAUAGCUGGCAGGCAAGCUUGUGGACAGGUUCCCAUCGACCCAUCUAAAGUAGCUUUACGCAUCCCCAAAGCAUUCCCAUUGUCGGUGGACUAUGCUCCGUUGCGGAAGACCGUCAUUAUCUUUGACCCCAUUGAACCUCUCACAAGUUGGACUCGAGGUCCGGUCGCGUUUCAUUUCAGCCCAGUUCUUGUCUGUAAAAAACCCGGAAAGACAGUUGGUCUUGGUGAUGCAAUAUCGGCAACAGCAAUGCUACACACGCAGUACAUGCAUAGAGUAUAGUAUGCAAAGAUUGACUGCUUCGAGUGCUGAAGUAAAACUGCCCUCUGGAUUCAAUCCAUAGACCGUUCUAUUUUGUUACUGAGGCAAAGCGGGGAGGGAUGCCCCAAAAUGGAUCUCUGAGAUACAGCAGCCACCGUUUUUGUUUGUAACAUGUCUCUCACAGAUUCUCCUUGAUUUCAGCAACAACUGAUUUGUUUAAUGUGUAUGCCAUUAAAAUUCAAUCCUGUUCAAAUGUGAAAUUUGUUCAAACUUGACUUUUUGCAAUUAUCCAAACUAACUCUUCAAGGAAUUUUUGAACCCAUCUCUUUAAUACUGGCACUUUGGAAUACACACAGUGCCCACACUGAUAGGCAUUUGUUGAAAUACCUGUUCUAUAACUGCGGUUGCUAUGGGUAUAGUUCAUGUGACCAAGCACAGCAAGAUAGCAAAAAUAGCAAAUGCCAUGUGACCUGCCCUCAGCCAAUCAAGAUACAGAAUCUGUCGGUGAGAUGUAAAAAACUUUGUCUUUAAUUUUUCUUUCAGACCAAGAACUGUAAUAAUUCUUUCCUCCCAAAAGCUUCUUGGUCUUUUAAGUUCUUGUAAAUGUUGACUGCGCAGUGUUCCAGAUCAUUUCAUAAAAUAGUCCUUGCCAUGUUAGUUGGGUCUUUGUAAUGCAUGAAUUGUUUUAAGCAGGCCUUAAAAGGAAAAAAUAAGUCAUCAUUUUCAGCAUUUGUGUUAGUUUCACUGAAAUACACUCAUUAAUAUGAAAAUUUUAAUGAGGGAAACAUUAUUUGUGGAAUGUUUUUCUUCAAAGUUGGUUACUUUCAAAAUGGAUAGACGGAAUUCUUUCAAACAAGUUCAUUUGGGGAGCAUUAUAUGAUCCCAUAUCAAUUUGUUUUCACACAAGUGCCCUCUUUGACGUACAGUCAUUCAGAUCUUGUAUAACAGGAAGGGUUGGAGGCAGCAUUAAAAGUAGGACAAAGCUUUUCGGUUGUACGUGUAUUACAUAAAUGGCUUUUGUGAGUGAGGUUUGCAAAAGAACCGAUGGAUUCAAUAUUUCAGACAGCAAGCUCUGUCUCACUUAUAAGAGAUUUACAUGGUACUGCAGACUGCAGGUACUUAUCUCUUAGAUCUUUAUCAUUGGAAGAAAGAGAGCAUGAACUUGGUUUGUCCAUGGUAAGAUCAUUUGUAAUCAGUCCCAUGGCUACUCGCAUUUCUCUGUCACUCAUAUUUCUCUGUGCCUUCAGCCUCAUUGCCAUUAGACACAAUUAUACUUACAUUAUCAGUUCCCUCCAAGCUCGAGUACCAAGAAAGGUUAUUCUUAAUCAGCAGUGCAGCUGUGCCCUUGGGGCUGGUUCCACGAGGUGGAGUAGACUCCGCUAACCUAUUGUUCUGUCGACGUUAUGACCACAGGUGUAAGGCCAAGAUCAUGUGCAUAAUUGCUUGUGUCCAAGUACAGGUUGGUAAAUGUACUGAAUUGUUAGGAGCUUGAGAGGCUGUUUUCCCCCAAAUAGUGUACAUGUAUGUCGACUUUGCAUCAUAAGAUUGGGACCGAAAACUACGGAAUAUGAUCAGGGAAUCUCUGGUUUGUUUGUGUGCCUCAGUUUUUGGACAUGUGCACAGCUGUUCAGUGUGCCCGUACCUGUGCCCUAUCCUUACAUACCUAGUGUGGACUUGUGAACGAAAGGUGUCCUCACUAUGCAGGAAAGGAAGACAUUUUGUGGUCUUACAC